GCCCCUUCACCGGGUGUAGCCUGCUGGUGGGCACCGGUGCCCGCAGGGGACCAGGGCAGGGCGAUCGAUGAUGCCGCCUGCCCCGCGCAACGCCGACGCCAUGAUAUGCUUCCAAACAGCCGGAAUCUCUACGGCGAAGCACUUCGGAGAUCGUUGUGAUGGAACAGUAACGAAUCCAACAAGACGGAUAAAAGGAAGAAGGAGACGAAGAAGCAGAAGAAGCAAAGGAGGAAGAAGACGACGAUCUAGAAGUAGUAGAGGAAGCUUGUAAUCUGGUGCUUUUCGCGGAGGAGACGCUGGGAAGAAGGGCGACUAUGGUGGGGAGAAAGCUGGAUGCGUCGAUCCCGCGAAACCCCAAAUUUAGAGAAAUCCAGCGAUUUAGUUGACUUGAGAAAAGGUGAAGAAGGAGAGGGGUGAAGUGUAGGAACUGGGGCCAUGAUUUACGACGGAAUCAUGGAUGGGGUGAGAUCCGAGGGAGGUGAGAUACAUUAACCUCGCUAAAGGGUCGGAGGGAGGCAGAGAGGGAGGGAGUGAGUGAGGAGGGUGAGGUGAUUGAUGCCUCGUGAUGCCGCCGUGGGCGGUGAUGUGGGAGGGAGGUGGGUUCAACGAGGUUUUUUCUAGACAGACACAGCCAGAAAUGAAUGAGAGGAGGUAUGCGGAGCAGCAGGGGGAUGAUGGAGACGAGGGAGGAGGAGGCGGCAUCGAGAAGGGGAAGAAAACAGUCAGACAUUGUAUCCCGAGGAAGCUGUGCAGCGGUGGCAUGUGAGGGAGGUACACCUUCGCUCGCAUUGGCACCAUGAACCCCUUGCUUCCCAUGCUCCUCCCCAAGCUGUUGUGUGCGUUGGGUGUUGCCGAAGAAGAAGCCGGCUUGCUGCUUCUGGUGUGCGUCUCGCAUAGCUAUGGUCGAACAGCAGCAAAGGGUGAUAGGUUGUGGUGGGAUGUGAUGCUCAAGGCUGAGAGGGCGGGAUUACGGUGUGGGUUUCUUUAACCACUCACCACUCCCCCAGGAUAGGCGCACAAAGGUUAUGAAACGGAGCGCGGGGGGGAUCGCUCCGUUCCAAGGGUGUCAUCCGCUGGGCGCUGCUGGGUGCUGCUUGGCCUUCGUCCUUCUGUUCUCGCUGCUUUGCUCCGUUUGCUAUGCUAACCAGCCCGUAAGGUCAUUGUUACCAUACGAGGAUCGGAAGAAUGUGACUCUGACAGCAGAUAAUGUUUGCUUGAAGGAUAUCGUCGAGGAAAAGCAAACUGUGUAUUACAACCUCGAUAGUUCAGAGUGUUUUAAGGACCCCUUCUUUGGUUACAAAUACUUAGAGGUAGAGGCACGAAUAUACCAGCAGUGUGAUGACAGCCAUGAGUGGUCUGUGCUUGUGAAUACCGAAGGAGAGCUUGUUCCGAUUGAAGAGGCACGAGCUUCGGAGGGAAAAACUUUUGUUAACUUCAUAGAUGCGGAGCAUCAUCGAUUUUACGGACAUUUGGACGUACCUCUAGAUGGAAAUGCUUCGCAACCUUGGGUUGCAGGUUUUUACAGUAGCUGUGGUCCUGUACUAUACACUUUGAAGGCUUGGUGCUCAGCGAAUAAAGGUUGCGACAUAAACUGCAGUGACCCUGACAGCGGGCCGUGUGUAAGCGUCGACAAUUGUCGAUGCACUAAGAGCGACGAUGAUGAAAAAUGUGAAAUAGAAGUGGAGGAUUUGCCAGAUGAGGAGGAUUGGGUAUCAAGACAUGGGUUGGCUCAGACUCACAAUAGCGGUUCGUUACGAUAUGGGACAUGGAGAUACUUUCGAUUCAAGGCUUCCAAUAAUGCAACUCGUAUACUGGUAGAAAUGCAGAGAGCAUAUGGCGAUUUGAUUUUGUUUGUUAAUCAUGAAGAUAGUGAUGAUGAUGAUGCUGAUGAAGCUGAGGUAUCAGCUGAUUCACUGCCGAAGGAGCAGGAUGCAUUAAAAUAUGCAGACCUUCCAAGCUUUCAAAAUCGACUCAGCCAUCACCAUGUUUUUGUAAAUGGCUCUGGAAACUUCUACAUUGGGGUAUAUAACGCAGAUCAGUGUGUGGAAGAAGAUGCAACCUUCAAUCUGACCAUCACUAUUGCUACUCCAGAUGACCCAUUAAGUUUAUGCCCCUUGAACUGUUCAUAUCCUCAGGGACAGUGCGUGAGCGACAAUACUUGCAGCUGUGAACCUGGUUAUGGUGGAAUGUACUGUGCAGGAUCAAUUCGGCAAGCUGCUGCACGUCGACCAUACAGUGGCCAGCUUCAACCUGGAGAAUGGGCUUACAUUAACAUGACGGUUAAUCAGCUUACAGACAACGAGGAUAUAUUGGUCCAAUUCAGCUCCUCAACAGGACACCCUAUUCUACUGGCCCAGAAAGAUCGUUUUCCAACGCUCAAAGACUUUAGUUUGAAAUUCUCAAAUUCUACUCUAGGUGCCACGCCUUCUGAUACUUAUCACAUAAGUAAAAGCUCUCUGAACAGUGGAGAACUGCUCCUUGGUGUAUUUAAUAUCGAUUAUUCGUAUAGAGGAAUAUCUGAUUUUCAAAUCGUGGUAUCAGGUGCGCGGGAAGGUCUAAGUAUAUGGGUAAUCAUCCUCGUGGCUCUUGGAUGUUCAAUAUUUUUACUCACAUUGAUAGCAACUGUCCGAAGCCUCAUGCACAGGGGACAAGCUGAAGUGCCUGAAUCAUGGGGUCUAGAUUUUGAGGCUGUACCUCAGGACGUGGAAAUGGUGCAAAUGCGAACUAAGAAUAGAAUAACGGUGAGCACAUUGCCAUUGCUGGCAUACCACCAAGGAAUGCUCCCCAAGGAGGAUGCUGGGUGCUCGAUAUGUCUAAACAGCUACGACAUAGCCGAGAUUGUGUGCAGGCUUCCUGGCUGUAAGCACAUCUUUCACUUAAAAUGUCUGGAGGAAUGGUUUCAAACCGACGACAGCUGCCCCUUGUGCCGGGUACCGCUGGCGAAACAGGCUAAGGAACUAUCCGCUUCAGAGGCACUUGCACCACAGUCAAGUCCAUCAUUAUCUGAACCAAGCAGUUCCUCAACUUGGAUGCCAGGGUUGGCGUUGGACCAGCCAUCUCCAUUUUGUAGUUGUGAAGUAGGAGACAUUAAAUCAGCACCUAGAGUAGGUAAGGAUGAUGGACUGCUUCCUGCUGAAGGCGAGUCUCUUAGUAGUUUAGGAAGCACUUUCUCUAAUUCGGAAGGGAGUGAUUCUGAAUCUCCUCUACAAAGGCAACAUUAGGGAGAUUCGUCCAGCCAGGCAGCGUGUAUUGUAUCAUCAAAAAAUUUGCUCCCUUUGCGCGUUACACUGGCAAUCGAACAAGAAAUACCUUAAAUGUAAUUUUCAUGACAUUGUGUCAUAAGUAACAGUUUAUGAGCACUUAUAUGUUGAGCAAA